AUGCAAAUUAUUUGUUUCAUUACUUACGUUAAGCAGUACUGCAAGCUGUUCCCCACGCCUCAGGCACUACUUCUCUUCACCACUGUCUACACCCUGUUUACCGCCGAUGCCGAGAACAAGAGGAAUCAGAGUUUUUCUUCCUCUUUCUCUCUCUCUUCCUCCUUCUCUUGGAGAGGUUACACCUUCAUGGCGACGGAGUUGGUCCAACCUGCCAAUGAGUCGCUAUAA